AUGGCUCAGAUUCGCCUAAAAAUUCUCCCCAGUGUCCGCUGUUUAUUUGACAAACUGGUUCAACUUAAAGUUGAAGGCCUUGCUCCACACAAAACAGUGGAAUUAAGGUCAAGGUUGGUUGAUGACAAAGGAGUGGUUUUCAAAGCUUCUGCCUUGUACAAAGCUGAUGAAAAAGGUCUAGUAGAUGUAAGUAGUGCCCCCUCGCUGUCAGGGAGUUACACUGGAGUGGAGCCCAUGGGCCUAUGGUGGUUCAUGGUGCCAGAUACCCCGCACAAAAAAAUUGUAAAGAAGAACGUGAUGAGCCCGACUCUCGUCGACAUAACAGUCCACAAUGGAGUCACAGGAGAGGUCUUAGCCUGUGAAACCAAUGAAAGAGAAUAUCUGACUGAGGGCAUGAGGAGAAUUCCUGUGCAAGAUGGUCGUGUACGAGGAGUCCUCUUCAUUCCACCGGGAAAGGGGCCAUUCCCUGGAAUUAUAGAUUUGUACAUUUUAGGUGGAGGCCUAAAUGAACAGCGAGCCAGCCUCUUAGCAAACAAAGGUUUUGUUGUGCUGGCACUGGCCUAUUAUGGUUACCAAGAUUUACCCAAAAAUCCCAAAAACCUGGAUUUGGAAUAUUUUGAAGAGGCUGUGAACUUUCUACAAAAACACCCAGAGGUUCGAGGUCCUGGGAUAGGUGUUAUAUCAAUGUCCCAUAGUGGUGCUUUGGCCUUGUCGAUGGCAUCUUUUUUGUCAGGAAUCACAGCAACUGUCUGCAUUAAUGGCUGCAGUGGAAAUACUGUGAUUCCAUUACACUACAAAGACAUUGUUAUCCCUCCACUUCCACCUGUCUAUUGGAAAUUAAAAAUUAGAAAAUCUUGGCUGAUUGACAUACGUGAUGUCACGCCGGAUCCAACUCUGAAAAAAAAUCGAGCAUCUUUAAUUCCAAUAGAGCGAGCCAGUUGCCACUUCCUGUUUGCCGUAUCAGAAGACGACCACAACUGGAGAAGUGCCUUUUUUGCCGAGCAAGCUGCUAGCAUUUUGAAAAGUCAUGGGAAGCAAUCAUUUGAGGUGGUUUGUUAUCCAAAAGCUGGACACUUUUUGGAGGUUCCUCACAUGCCAUUUUGUCCGUCUUCCUUCCACGCUGCAGUGGGAAGAGCUGUGGUGUUUGGUGGGGAGCCAAAAGCACAUUCUGAAGCUCAGCUGGACCUAUGGGAGCGUCUCCAAAAGUUCUUUAAUAAACACUUGAACAACUGUUAG